AUGUCGGUUUUGGAUUCAAAGUGUACCGUUUGUAUGGAACCGUUCAACAAUACGGGGGUUAUUGCGACUACCAAUUGUGGUCACAUCUUUCAUGAUAAUUGCCUACAGAAUUGGCAACUGCAAACCCCUAAAUGUCCACAAUGUGAAGCGUACAAACCAUUUAGUCAUGUCGUGUAUUUAAAUUUCGACGAAACAAUUGGCGAUGCCAAACAAUUGCAGGAAAUCCAUCAACAGACAUCGGAUGAAUUGGAGAACUUAAAAAAACUCCACAAAGAAAAGAGUUUGGUGUGGGCUAAAAUGCAAGCAGCGAUUCAAAACGAAGUUCAUGAAUUUAAAACACUUGUCAGUAAAUUACGACAUGACAUUGUGUGCCUUGAGGCUGCCGGGAAAAAGAAUCGCCAAAAAAUAUGUGCCCUAACGGAGGAGAUAUGUUCCAUAGAAACGGAAUCAGAGAAUAGAAUAGCGGAGCUAAGAAAGGAAGUUGACACGCUAAAGGAUACAUUGGAAAACUAUUCUACCGAACUGGCAGUGGAAUUGUCUAAACAAAAUGAGAAAUCGACGACGACUAAUGAUGAACGGCCAAUGAUUCAUAUCAAUUUGACCAAUGACAAAAUCAAAGACUUGGAAGAACAAUUGCAGCACGUCACAAAAGAACUGGAAAAUGAAAUUACCCGGAAUAGCGAACUUGAAAUUGAAAAUAUGAAGCUAAAAAAACUAUCGUCUAUUUGGGGAGAAUUGAAGAAAAUGUAA